AUGCCGGACACACUCUCCUCUCCGGGGACGAGUACAUAUUCCUCGGAUACAAUAUAUCAUGUCUGGCUCCAGGUGUUGACUUUGCUGUUGACAACUGUCGUCUUCGUGUUGGGAUGGUUCGCAAUUCAUCGCUGGAUAGGCUGGGCCACUCUGCUUCUGGGGAUUGCUCAGAUUCCAUUGGGCUUAACGUUAUACGGCUCCCCAAAAUCCUUGUUCAUCCUUUUUUCGAUAGGAGCAUUCUUCUGGCUUGCUCUAUUCUUCAUUUGCUCCUACGUGUACGAUGAAGAUGGUGCUAAUUAUGGCCCUGACCAGGACGGCCGUGGCAGCUAUGUAUCCGGGCCCCCUCCUUCUGAAGAAAGGCGUCAUAGUGGCCUCGGUCGUAUGGCAGCAGCAGCAGCUGGAGGCGCUGGACUAGCAGCGCUUUUCCGACAUCGAUCUCACCGCCGCGACGAAAGUGAUGUCCAAAGUUCUUAUAUGGAUGAAAAAUACUCAGAUGAGGGUCAACAUCGUUCGAACUGGACGAGGCGAUUAAUUGAAAUCGGUGCCAUUGGUGGCGGAAUUGCAUUGGCAAGAUCGUUGUUCAACAGGAGAAGAGACAGAGAGAGCGACACCGAAUCCGGUCGAUACCGUCCGACGCAUGCUCGAAGUGACAGCAUGUCAGAGAUGACUGCGAGUAGGGUUGAAGAGGGCCGCGACGUCUCGGGUACUCAUUCAGGCACUCAGGGACCUUAUAUGCAUCCGGCAAGACGGCAAAGUUACAGCUCCAUGGACUACAGCUACUAUACACAAACAGAUGAAGGCCAGGAAAAUCGCCAAGGACAUGGCCAAGGACAUGGUGUGCGAGAUGCCAUCUUGGGAGCUGGGGCCUUUGCGGCAGUGAGAAGUCUGUUCAGGCGUGGGAAACGUGACAACGAACAACAGCGAGUUGACGAGAUCAAACGGCGGGACAUGGAGGAGGAGAAGCUGGCCAGAGCAAAUAGUAAGAGGAAAUACACCGGGGAUGGCUUUUACCCGCGAAGACAGAGGCCAUCACAAUCUGUGCUCUCUAGCCAAAUGACCUCGGAUAUAACACCUCGUCCACCGCGCACACCCGGUCCAGACGAAGAAACAGUAAUGACUGGAGGUGUCAUGGAGAGACAAUCGGACAUUCCCCCAGCUCCCCCAACACAUCGAGUGGUAUCAGGAAGUGCAACUGGCACAGACAUUGAGUCUGCCGCUGCCGCGGGCGCUGUUGCAGGUGCUGCUGCCGGAUCAACUAGCCGCCACCGUCGUCGCAGUCGUAGCGGUGGUAGUAGCCGACGUCGAAGUGAUCGUCGUGAUGAUGUGUCUUCACCGCCAGUAUCUGUUAAAGUGCGAAUGCACAAUGACGGACGCCAUGUCACUCUCCGGAGACUGACUGAAGAAGAAGCAGCAGCCAGCAGAGAAUCAAAACGCCGGUCCAGAGAACGACGAGGGUCGCGUAGACGUGGUAGUGCGAGCUCCCUCUCCGGCAACGAAACGAGCUCAAGUCGAUGGCGGCGUGUUGAAGAAAUGGAGCGUCGCCAGGCUGAGCAAGUGCAGCGUGAGCAAGCUGCCGCUUUGGCUGCCGAGUCAGGCGCAGCAGCAGCAACUGCGCCUCCCCCUCCAGCACAAUCACCAUAUCCUCCCCUUGCUCCACAACCGCCAGCAGCAUCUUUCAAUUCAGCUCAUCUUCCACCACCAUCAGCAUCGUAUGCUGGUAAUAGUCAGUUGUCUGUUCCACCGCCUGCACCUGGACCACCUCCACCACCAAUGAUACCGGUGCCAUCACAUGCAGCUACAAGCCAGCAGUCCAUGAUGCCGCCGCGCCCUCCAUCAAAUAUGCAGCAAUACCCGCCAACUGCAAGUAUCACGUCUCCAGGUACUUGGACGGGCACCGAAGCUAGCGCAGAUUACGCCAACAAUAGACGAAGGCGUCGAGCUGAGCGAGCUCAGGCUCGAGCGAGACAACAGGCACAGCAUAGUGUGGAAUUUACUUGA